CAAUAAAGUUGUUUGGGUCCUUUACCACUUUUAUAUCUUUCCCUUUUACGUCGCAGCAUAUAACCAGCAUAGUUAGCAUAUUAUUGUCAUUCUCAUUGUCAUUCUCAUAAUCAUAUCAUAAUCAUAUCAUAAUCAUAACCAUAAUCAUAACCAUAAUUAUAAUCAUAAUCAUAAUACGCUUUUUGUUAUCUAAUAUAUGAAAUAACUUCUCUUUGUUUCUUUAUUCGUAAUACCACUUUCAUCUGCCUACAUUUUCUUUAUUCCUGCUUCUAUUUGGUAGUCUUUUUGUGCUUUAUCCAUUUUUGUUAAUUUGCUAGUAACUAAACCAUCGUACUUUGACCUGCUCCAAUAUAGUCCUAUAAGUAUACUGUCUUAAUGCUGGGUGAUAAUACAAAAGAUUCCCAGUCAGAGACCCCAUUGACUGCUCCCACUUCAGAUGCCAUUCCAUCUCCUAAAAACGUCAAUGGUUCUAAUUUAGAAAAGCCAGACAAGUUAAAGAAAAAAGAACUAUUAGAAAAAUUAGAGAAACCAGAGAAAUCAGAAAAAUUAGACAAAUUAAACAAAUCAGAAACACCAGAAACACCAGAAACACCAGAAAAUAACUCUGCUAAAAAGCCUCUCUCUCCCAACAAACCACAGCUUAAAUCAACCACCACGAACACUACUAAUGGAACCAGUGGCAUUAAUGGCAACUCCAAAUCAAAUGGUGUUUCCAAACCAAACCUCAAUCGAAAACCUUCCCCUAUAAACUCAAAACCAACCCCAACACCUAGAAGACUUUCCACAACAUCCCUAAAAAUGUCUCCCACAAGAUCUUUUCGUAGAGACAUAACUCCUCCCAAUAUCACUACAACCUCGAGACGAAAUUCCAUUACUCCUCCCAAAUCUACUACGAUUUCGAGAAGAAAUUCCAUAACUCCUCCUAAGAUCACUACAACCUCGAGAAGAAAUUCCAUUACACCACCCACAUCUCAACCCAAUUCAAAAUCUCCAACUACAAAGACUAGUCCUGCUUCUACAAAUAAUAAUUCUCGUGUAUCUCCUCCUCCCGUACAAAGAAGAGGUUCAAAAAGCUCAACAAAACCCACCCAGCAACCCAUUUCAAGGAGAAACUCAAGAGUAACUCCUCCUCCAAGACUCUCCAGAGUUCCUUCCUCUUCUUCCAGAGUUAUUCCUUCUCCAAGAAGACAAUCUCCUCCCUCACCUCCUAAAAAUCAUAGAGUUUCGCCCCCUCUUAAAAUAUCAAGACCUACUACUCCAUCCGUAACCUCUAUAAGAUCAUCUAGCAAACUCGUCUCUAAAUCUUCCCCAGUUUCAAACUCUAAAACACAACAAAUAAAAACGGUUUCAAAGCCAAUACCAAAAUUGUCAAAACCAACUACAACACCUCAAACAAAACCAGUUUCGAAACCAAUCUCAAAACCAAUCUCAAAACUUCCAACAAAACCAGUCCCAAAACCACCAAUAAAAUCACAAUCAACCGCUAAAUCAAAUCCAAACUCAAAAAUUCAGUCUAAAUCAAGUCCCAAGAAAAAUGAAAUCACAGGUUUUGAUAGAUUGAACCAUGUCCAAAAUUCCAUCUCUAAUCCAUUCGAUGAGGAUGAUGAAGCUACAAAUCAAUUAGAUAACACUUUAUUGCCCAAUAAAAUCAUCAAAAAUCAACCAAUUGCUCAUUCUGCAAACAUUCCUAGAAUAAAAAACACUUAUACUAAAAAUAAUACUACUGCUAAUAAUAAUAAAAAUAAUACCAAAAAUAAUACCAAAAAUAAUAUUAAUAGAAAAUUCGAUAGCUAUGCUCAUGAAGAAGAGACUAUUGGUCUUUUAUCAAACGCUGUCGAGGAUUCCUCAAGAGGAAGAGGAAGAUCACUAAUGGUUCAUCAUACUCCCCAAAGAUCUCGUUCUAUUAUGUCUCUAGAAAUUAUUGGAAGAUGGACAAGAGAAAUAUCUGCAAAAUUCCCCAGAUGGUACGUUUCUCCAAAAAAUAUCGAAGGCACUCCUAAUGAAAUUCAAUAUUCUGUAUUCAAACCUUCUCCUUAUAUCAAACCUAUAAAGCAUUUGCCCCCUGAGGGUUUUGAAAAUAAUGGCCCAAUUAAAAAAAUUGAUUUUACCCAAAUUGUUGAAAACUCAAUUGAAGCAAUUGAAAAAUUGGGCUAUGAACCAAAAAGAAUUUCUGCUGGUUCUUCUGGUAGUUACUUUAUUUACAAUACUGACCACAAAAUUGUUGGAGUCUUCAAACCAAAAGAUGAAGAACCUUAUGGUCCUUUGUCUCCAAAAUGGACAAAAUGGAUCCAUAGAAAUUUAUUUCCUUGUUUCUUCGGUAGAAGUUGUCUUAUUCCAAACUUGGGUUAUAUUUGUGAAGCAUCUGCCUCCCUAUUAGAUCGACAAUUACAAUCAUUUAUUGUUCCUUAUACUGAUACCGUUUUUAUGUCCUCUGAUUGUUUUUACUACCCUUAUUUCACAAAGAGAAAACAUUUAAAGAAUAACAACGCAUUGCCCAAAAAAGUAGGUUCUUUUCAAUUGUUUUUAAAUGGUUACUUGGAAGCUGAUCAGUUUUUCAAAAAAUAUCCACUUCCUGGCACUGAAAGAGGUGGCUGGGGCAUAUUACCUUUUGCUCCAUCUGUAACAGAAGUUUCACCGGUCACCGCUGCUAGUACAACUGCAAAUUCUCUUGAAAUUCUGGAUUCAAAUGCUUCUGUUAUUGAUGAAUCUCAUGAUGAUCAAUUAAUUUCAAAUUUAACCGAUAAUUUUACACUUUAUUCAGAUGAUCUGGAUCAAGAUCCUGAAUUUCAAUGGUCACCAGAAGUUCUUCAACAAUUUGUUGAAGAAUUGGAAAAACUAGUAAUCUUAGAUUAUAUUAUGAGAAAUACAGACAGAGGUUUGGAUAACUGGAUGAUUAAAGCCGAAUGGGAAACUGUUAUAGAUAAUUCACCUAUUGACACAACCAGUGAGGUAAAUGAAGAAAAUAUUGUUAGAUAUAAGAAAGUUCCGAGACUUAGAAUCGGUGCUAUUGAUUCUGGUCUAGCUUUUCCAUGGAAACACCCUGAUGAAUGGAGAUCCUAUCCCUUUGGUUGGUUAUUUCUUCCAAUUUCCAUAAUUGGUAGACCAUUUUCUGAAAGAUCUCGUCAACAUUAUUUAAGAUUAUUAACUUCCACAGCAUGGUGGGAAGAAACUGCUCUUCUAUUUAGACAAAUGUUUGCUAGAGAUUCGGAUUUCAAAGAAAGAAUGUGGAAAAAACAAUGGGCAGUCAUCAAAGGCCAGGCAUUUAAUGUUGUUGAAACUUUAAAAUGCCCUGAACAAGGUCCAUUAGAAUUGGCAAGGAGGACUAGAGUCAUGAUUUGGGAUGAUGAAAUGGAUGUUCCAGUUCAUGUUCCAAUUAAUAUUGUCUCAGGAAAUAGUGAAUAUGGUUCAACAGAUGCAUCUGCAGAUUCAAACAAUCCCGCUAUAAAUUCUCUUAAAGAUAAUAUUAGAUAUCAAAACUCACCGGUUCAUCAAGCAAUGAUGCAAAAAAGUUCAGAUAUUGAAACAAUCCCUGAAGGUGAUGCUGCUUCUAUUGUUGAUAUCUCAAAUAAAUCUAAACCUAUUAAGGAAAAUCCAUUUGAUGAUAAAAAUGCUCUUAAAAGCUCAGUAAAGAAGGAGACCUCCAAACCCGCUGUUCAAAAUAAUAAACAAAACAUAAAAACAAAAUCCAGUGAUAAUACUAAACUUUUGUCGAAAAAUAGACAGACUAGAUCUAAACCUGUUCAAAACAGAUAUCCUAAUACAACAAAUAAUAGAAUAACUAGAAAAUCAAGAACUGGUCCAUACACAUUGAAUAAGAAAAAACAACCAAAUAAGAAAAAUAUUAAGGAAAAUCAAAAAAUCAAUGAAAACGAAAUUGGUUUAUCAUUUGCUCAGGAUAAUCCAGCAACAAAAAGAGUUAUUAUUGAAAGAUUAGAAACAGUUACAUCAAAACCUCCAGUUUUUACAUGGUGUUAGUCAAGAAUUGAG